AUGCCUUCCACGGAUCGCCAAACCGCCUUGGAUUUAUUUAAAUCUUCGGUUGAGCUUGAGGAUAAGCUACGCCAGGUUUCGAAACAAAAACCACCAUAUGAUAAAGAAGUAACAACUUUGCGUAUCAAUUUGCGUGACCAUUAUGAAAGAAUCAUUUUCCUCGAUUUUGAAUUUUCGCAGUCUAAAGAGAUUGAACAGAUUUUAUGGAAGUAUGUGUAUUACAAGUUCAUCGAGGAUUAUAGAAAGAGGAUUCGCGCUGCUUCGACCAACAGUGGAAAACCUAAAGGCACUUCCCGAAGGUUAACUAGUGCGUUCCGUUCAUUCCUGCAGGAAGCAACUGGUUUUUAUUACUUUUUCAUUCAGAAGCUCGCCCGUCAUUUUGGGUUGGAACAGUUGAAUCCGAUUAUUCAAAAAUUCGGAUCGACUUUAGAAUCUACGGAUUUUUCUAAAGACUCGUAUAAUUUUGAUAUUAAACAACGAGCCGUACUUAGUUGUCAUAAAAGUUUAAUCUUUCUUGGGGAUCUAGCACGUUAUCGUGAAUUACAAAAUGACAAGCCACGUAAAAAUUGGUCUACAGCUUGCGAUUAUUACAAUAGUGCAAGACAAUUAAUUCCUGAUAGUGGAAAUCCCCAUAAUCAAUUGGCGGUUAUUGCAACCUACAGCGUAGACGAAUUUGCCGCCUUCUAUCAUUAUUAUCGAAGUCUUGCUGUUAGGUAUCCAUUUUUAACAGCUAAGGAUAAUAUAAGCUUUUUGUUCCAAAAGGCAAAGAAAUCUGCUAUAGAUACUCCAGAAAGUGUUCAUGAAAAUAAUAAACGAGAUCAACGUGAAAAUGGGAGUAGACGGCGUUCUUCCCAUUCUCGUCAAAUGAUGUCACCUGUUAAUGCAAAUAAAAUGAAAACUGCUGAAACCUUACAACCAUUUUUCUCGGAUUUCAUUCGAUUACAUAGCAUUUUAUAUCUGAAAACAGACAUUGAAUCAUAUUCUGAAUUGAAGACUUCUGUAUUGAAACGAUUAAAAGAAUUCCUUCUAGAACGCGUAUUGGAUGUCGAUCAACUCUUAAAAUUUACUGUUAUCAAUAUGGCCGCCUUAUACGUAAUUCGUCAUAUUUCCAAUGUUUCUACUGGGGAAAACGGACACACUAAUUCUAGUCCAAAGACUCAACCAAUUUAUAACCAAGCUUCAAAGAAAGCCCUGGUCGAAAAAUACGCCGUCUUAAUGAUUUUGGGCACCCUUUCAACUUUGUUAGAAAUGUGCAACUCCGAAUUAAUCGAAGUUGAAAAUACUGAGGAAAGACGCAACGCCGUACAAGCUCUUCCUGCUCCUGUCAAAAGAAGUUUGAUGUCCAUUCGAGUUGGUGUAAAAUGGGUUUAUUCAAAUCUCGAAUAUCUUGCUUCAAUGUCAACACAAAUUUCCAAUGAUCCAUUUGUUAAAGAUGAGUUUUCGAAUUUUGCGAAAUUUUGGGACCAGUUUGCUGAAUUCCUUAACACAAUGGAGCGACUAUUUCCUAAUGAACAAGGCAUUCCUCUCGAUGUUCCAUUGACAGAGGAUGUUGAAUUGAAUGGAUUUUCAGUUUUAAAGAAUCAAUUAUUUCUUAAUGAUCAAGUAAUAACUAAAGUAGGCGAGCCAUUUGAAGAAAUGGAUAUGCGCGUUCACAAUAUAUAUGAUGAUGCAUGCAAAAUCGCGAAAUCUGAUUUUUCACAAAUAUUCUAUGCCGACGGGACCUUCAGUUCGAAUACUCUAUCUGGCGAAUCUAACUCUGCUUCUCCGGUUAGCACCUCCAGUGCUCCCGAAAAUCAAGUUUCGGAUGAUACAUAUAUGGAAGAUAGAGCUGCCGGUACAAAUACAAUUGCUGACGCGGAACGUGACGAUACAAAUGCAGCUGGUUCUCAAUCAUUUGUAGAUAGCAUUUUAUUGAAUCAAGUUUUUACGUCAAAUCAAAAGACAUCUUCGACCUUACCAAACGGAAGUUCCAAUGAUUCGAAAAAUUACUGGAAUAAUUAUUUCAAUACACAACAAUUAUUUCCAAGUACAAACGCCAUUUCCGAUGAUCCUUUACCAUUUUCCAUUUCUAAUACGACUACUGGAGUUCCCAAUGCAUCACAAGAUCCUUUAGUUUCUCCUAAAAAACGUUCGUCAAAUGAAUUAAAAGCAAAAGCCUCAUCAUCACAACAGAAUCCCAUCACUUCCACAUCCAGUGCAUCUUUGUUUGCUUUUCCAGGUACUGACGGCGGGGUGUCUCAAUUCGAUUUGUUUGGUAACUCAAACACUGGGCUUCAUAAUUAUCUGAGUACUUCAACAAAUCCUUCAAUUAAACCCAAUGUCAUUACACCUGCAAUUAACCCACCACCAGGAUUUUUAACUGAAUCUAAUAAUUAUGAUUUUCAACGACAAAAUCAGAAACAAAAUGAUUCAUUUAAUCAACCAUUUCAAACAUCCAAUGCAUUUGGAUUUUCAUCUUUUGAUUUAUUACGAUGGAACGAAAAAUAUAAAUAUACAAACGAGUUAACUGAUCUAUCCAAUAAUGGAAAUCAAAAUCUUACUCCAACUGCUAAAUUGCCAAAUGGGACUUUACCAAGUUCACAAAUAACCAAUGACACCCAUGACAAAUUCCGUCAUUUUCAAAUUGGUUGGACUCCAACAUCUAUUGGCUAA